AUGGAUAUCAUUUUAGGAAUAAGAGUAGCUGAUGGUACGAUCAUUGCCACUUCCAAGGCUGCCACCAGGGGUAUUUCGAUCUUGAAGGACACUGAUGACAAGACCCGUGUCUUGAACAAGCACAACUUGGUUGCCUACACUGGAGAAUCAGGUGACACUGUCCAGUUUGCUGAAUAUGUCCAGGCUAACAUCCAACUAUACUCUAUGAGAGAAAACGACAUUGAAUUGUCGCCUAAGGCUACAGCAUCUUUUGUAAGAAACCAGUUGGCCACUUCUAUUAGAUCACGUAAGCCAUACCAGGUUAAUGUAUUGAUUGGUGGGUAUGAUACAAAGUCAAACACUCCUUCAUUAAACUGGAUAGAUUAUUUGGGCACACAGGUAGAAUUGCCGUAUGGAGCACAUGGCUACGCUGCAUUCUACGCCAACUCGUUGUUGGACAAGCAUUACAAGAAGAACAUGGAUGUAGAGCAGGGCUUGGCGUUGUUGAAGAUGUGUUUGAAGGAAUUGGAAACGAGAAUGCCAAUUGACUUCAAGGGUGUAUAUGUCAAGGUCGUAGACAAGGACGGUAUAAGAUCGAUUGACUAG